AUGCCUGUUCCAAAUCACCCCAAGAUUACGCGCAUCGUGCACCCAGGCUUCCCCGGCUUGGGCCUACCACUCACCUUUUGCCCCCAGGACAAGCUCGUCGAGAAGAAGCUGAAGAAAAAGAAGACGGAGGAGGUCUUGCAGGUCGAGCAGAAUGUCAAAACGAUCGAGGAUUCUGUCGCCUGCCCGUCUGUCUCUUUACUUCCUUCACUUCUUGUGAUGCCAUGCCUUUGGCCACCACAACUGCCACCACUCAUGCUGCGUGAGAUCACAAUGAUUCGAGCGAUGAACGAAUUCACGGACCGCCCAGAUUGGAGCAACAAGGUAUUUGACGACCAGGUCAUCCUGAAAUGGCGGGAGGAGAUCACGAGCGCCACCUUCACGGAGAAGAUGUUCGAAUACUGCGUCAGAGAACUGCGAUAUCACACAGCACGGUUCUGGAGAACCGGCAUGGUAUUCGGUGCCAUGGGGAUUGUCAAAUCAGAUACAGCCGUGCUCGGUCACGUCAAAGCGGCAUUGAUCAGAGCAGGCCGUGUCCUUGAAGAUGAUGCUAGUGUGAAAGAUUCGCUUCCUAAAUCGUGCGAUGACAAUGUCGUGAACCUUGUUGAUCCGUCGCUCUUCCCUCUUGUUUUCGGUCGGACUCGAGCUGUGCGCAAGGAUGAGAUUUGCCGUGAUCAUUGUCUGUCUGAUAUGGGCAAAGGCGAGAUCAUCCCCAUUCCGACAAUCCAAGAAAUGGAAAAGUUCGCAAAGGUAAGUUCGAGAAAACAUCGCAUUACCGACAGUUACAACACCAAGAUGCAGUGGAUUCCGUCCGACGUCUUGGUGUCGCCCCAUGGGUGUUCGAUUCACAGCUACAUCAACAACGUGCACCCUGAGCACCAUGAAGAUCUGUAUCGAGUCGUGGAAGACAUCAUGGACAUUGCAGUCCCUGCCUGGGGGCAUAGCCUCGGCCUCAGUCAUCAAUUGACCGACCAGCAUGACGAUGGCUACUAUCUCAAGUCUCGCAUUGAUUGGACAGACGGCACUAAAUAUUCACACCUGUCAACCCAACAGAAGCCCCGAAAACAAAAUGGCGAGCGUAAUGACCAUUUCAGAUCUCGCCUUCGGAGGUGGUGGUCCGGAGAACGUGAAUCUGUACUGCCCGACGCUCCAGGCUUUGACGAGAAUGUUCAUCCAGGAUUUCCACCAUCUCCUUUUCAGUGCGAGUUUCCGAAUCUUCAGGUGUUUGUUAAGCUCGUCAACAUCAAUUUGGGUCCCGAGAACCCAACCUACGAUGGAGAAAAAUGGCAUGUGGACGGGCAACAAAACGAGCACAUCUGCGCCACGGCUCUCUACUACUACGACAGCGACAACAUCACCGAGAGCCGACUGAGCUUCCGUCAGGGCUCAUGGUUUAGGAGGUUUGAAGAAGAACUGGAGAAUUUCUACGAGUCUCUACCUGAGAUGUUUGGUUGCAAAAACGGUGAUCCACAAGUGCAGGAAAUCGGAGAUGUGCUAUGCCGCCCAGGAAGACUGGUUACUUUCCCCAGUGUGUAUCAGCACCGCGCGAAUGCAUUCCGUCUGUCGGAUCCAACGAAGCCCGGCUACCUCAAGAUGCUGGCGCUCUUCUUAGUCGACCCCAUGAUUCGCCUCAUUUCAACAUCCCAAAUCCCACCGCAGCGGGAGGAUUGGUGGCAGGAAAAGCUCGGAGCCCCCUCCGGCAAGGGGUUGAGCCUUUUGCCAAUCGAAAUCAAAUGUCAGGUCAUCGAAGAGGUCGGCUAUCCCAUCACCAUGCGGGAGGCGCAAAAGCUACGGCAGGAGCUGGCAGCUCAGCGGGAUGAGUAUGUCCAGAGAUCGACCAAGUACUUCGAGAAGUUCAGGAUUGCGCUGGGCACAACUUUCGAUGAUACUUCGUCGAUGGAAGCCGAUCGACUGUGGGAUGAUGAGGAUGAAGAUAAUGAGGAUGAGGAUGAGGAUCAGGAUGAGGACUGGGAUUGA